GGAGACAAGACAUCGUGCAAGAUGGCUUCGGCAGAGGGCUCUGCCGCUGCUUCCAUCCAGGGAAUCCUGCAGGAAGAGCAGCGGAAGCGCAAGGCCGGGAGAGGAGAGGUGGUGGUGGAACACUUCAGCAAGCACCCCUUGCAGAACAGAUGGGCCCUGUGGUUCUUCAAGAAUGACAAGAGCAAGACCUGGCAGGACAACUUACGGCUUGUGACCAAAUUUGACACGGUGGAAGACUUCUGGGCGCUGUACAGCCAUAUCCAACUGGCUAGCAAGCUGACAUCUGGCUGUGACUACUCCCUUUUCAAGGAUGGCAUUGAGCCCAUGUGGGAAGAUAACUGGAACAAGCGUGGUGGUCGUUGGCUUAUCACAUUGGCCAAGCAGCAGAGGCAUACAGAGCUUGACCGUUUCUGGUUGGAGACUCUUCUGUGCCUGAUUGGAGAGAUGUUCAAUGACUACAGUGAUGAUGUCUGUGGGGCUGUGAUCAACAUCCGUGCCAAAGGGGACAAGAUUGCGAUCUGGACCCGGGAGGCAGAAAACCGGGAUGGGGUCAUCCACAUUGGGCGUAUAUACAAGGAGCACCUGGGUCUAUCUUCAAAAGUGGUGAUUGGUUAUCAGGCUCAUGCAGACACUGCCACCAAGAGUGGCUCCCUCAUGAAGAACAAAUUUGUGGUGUGAAGCUG